AUGGCCGAAUUUCAACAAUUUGGGCGUCUGGUUGCGCAAAUGCUUGACACAGACAACACGAAGCGAAAAGAAGCCGAGGACCAAUAUGAAAAGAUCGACCUUUCACAGAAGAUCACCCUCUUGUUUCAACUCUACUUGGAGCGCUCUGCCUCGGAAGAUAUUCGGUCAAUGGCUCUUGUUUUGACGCGACGCCUAUGGGAUUUCGACUUCGAGGCCGCUUUGAAGGUGCUGAGUGCCGAACAACAAGGUCAAUACAUCGAGGGAAUCUUGCAUGCGGCCACCGAGGAGCCAUCGCUUCAAUUGCAAAAGAAGUUAGCCGAUGUCAUCUCGCAAUUUGCAAUGAACAUGAUUGAUGAGGAAAGUGGCGUCCAGAAGUGUGGGAAGAUCAUUCAAUUCAUCGAGCACUGCAACUCGUCUGCCAAUGCGAAUUUGAAAGUUGUGGCGAUGUCGAUUAUCGAAGAAGUGCCAAACGUCUUUGGACUUGAUCAGGACAAGUACUUGCCAGGGAUCAAAGCCAUCUUCCAAGCGUGUUUGGUCCACGAAGCGGUCUAUGUUCGCUCGGCUGCUGUUAAAGCGUUUUUUUAUACUUUACUGAUUUGGGUUUGCCAACAUAUUGUCACUACAUCGGAAGACGAUGAUGUCCCUCUACAAUCACUUUGCGACUUGGUCACCACUGUGCCUAAAACGUUGACGCCAUACCUGAACGACAUCUUGGUGUUCGCGCUUACGACCGUGAAGAACACCGAAUUGGAGGAGUCCUACCGCCAUACGUCUCUGGAGAUCAUCGCGUCUUUCUGCGAGGCAGCACCAAACAUGAUCAAGAAAAGAGCCGCUCAGCUCAUUCCAACAAUGUUGGAAGUUUGUAUUCUCUCUAUGACGGACUUGGAAGAUGACACAGAAGAUUGGCUUUCCGUGGAUGAUGCUGACGAGGAUGUCGAAGAAGAUAAUGCUGCUCUUGGAGAAACGUCAUUGGAUCGAAUCUGCUGUGCUUUGGGCGGCAAGGCCACUUUUCAGCCGGCGUUGGCAAUUGUUUCACAACUUCUCAACAAUGGUGAUUGGAAGAAGCGGCAUGCGGCCAUUUUCACACUAUCGACAAUUGGCGAGGGUUGCAAAUCGGUGAUGGAGGCAAAGAUUGUGGAAAUUGUUGAGAAAGUUAUUCCAUACCUUCUUGAUGAGCAUCCACGUGUUCGUUACGCAGCCUGCAACGCCUUGGGACAAAUGUCGACCGAUUUUGAACCUACUCUUCAGAAGAAAUGCCACGAGAAGGUUGUACCUGCUCUUGUUCACACUCUAUUGGACUUAUCGGUGAUGCGUGUGGCCGCCCAUGCUGGUGCAGCUUUGGUCAACUUCAGCGAGGAGUGCCCCAAGAACAUCAUCUCUAAUUAUUUACCGGAUAUGAUGAGCUCUCUCGAGCAAGUUUUGGAAGCGACUUACAAACAUCUGGUUGAGAAAAACAAGAAGUUGGUUCUCGAGCAAGUGAUAACAACUAUUGCGUCAGUUGCGGAUGCGGCCGAGGCUGAAUUCAUUCACUAUUACGAUCGAAUGAUUGUGCCUCUGAAGUUCAUCUUGCAAAACUCUGGUGGUGACGACUACAAGCUGCUUCGAGGAAAGACGAUCGAAUGUGUCUCACUUAUUGGGCUUGCUGUUGGACGGGAGAAGUUUGCGAAUGACGGGCAGGAAAUUAUGAACAUGCUUGCUGAUACGAUGCCAAAUCUUCCACCUGAUGAUCCACAAACCACUUACAUGAUCAGCUCAUGGACCCGGAUUUGCAAGGUUCUUGGACCAUUGUUUGCUCCGUAUCUUCCGCUUGUGAUGCCACCAAUUAUUCGGUCCGUCGAGUAUGCUCCCGAAGUGACUGUUGUUGACGACUCGGAAGCCAAUGAAGAUGAUCCUGCAUGGUCGUUCACGUCUGUUGGUGACAAUCGCUCGUUCGGGAUCAGAACGGCUGGAAUUGAGGAAAAGGUCACCGCUUGCGAAAUGCUCGUCUGCUAUGCUAGAGAGUUGAAAGAAAUGUUUGGUCCUUAUGUCGAGCAAGUGCUGCCACAUGUUCUCAAGAAUCUGAAGUUCAUGUUCCAUGAAGGAGUCAGGGAGUCGUCGGCUGAAGUGUUGCCAGCAUUUUUGGAGUGCUUCAAGCAACAAGGACCUGAAGUGAUGUAUCGGCUCUGGCAGACCUACUACCCGGCUUUGGAGGAAGCAUUGAAUUCCGAGCACGAUCUAGAUGAACGCCGUAAUCAACGAGAAGCUAAAGAGGUGGAUGAAGAUGCCGAUCCAGAAGACGCACACGAUAAUGCUGAUGAAGAUCAGGAAAGUGAUGCUAACUUGCUCGGUCGCGUGUCAGAUCUCUUCCAUGCUUGCUUCAAGUCGUUCGGUCCAACUUUCUACCCAAUGGUCCAAUCGAUUAUUCCUGGUAUUGUUGCUAUGAUUGAUCAAAGUCGCGAUUUCACGGAUCGUCAAUGGGCUGUUUGCAUGGUGGACGAUUUGAUUGAGUUCGCUCCAAAAGAAGCACAGCUCAUCCAACAAGCUUUUGCUCCUCGUUUGGUGGAGUGCUUGAAAGAUCAGCACCCUGAAGUGCGUCAGGCUACGUCGUAUGGAUUUGGAGUUAUGGCUCUUCAGGGCACACUUUUCACCGAUGUCUGCGUGCAAGUGCUUCCACUUCUGGCUGAAAUGAUUUCUCAACCUGAUGCUCGCGCAACUGAGGAAGGCACCACUGCUACCGAGAACGCUAUUUCUGCUGUCGCAAAGAUCUUGAAGCACUGUGGAGGACAAAUUGAUCAAGCUCAAGCUAUUCCACUCUUCCUCUCGUGGCUUCCAACAUGGAAUGAUCCUGAAGAGUCUGUUCACAUCUAUGGCUUCUUUGCUGAUCUGGUCGAAUCAAAUAACGCUUAUGUCUUGGGUGAGAACAACAGCGGAUUGCCUCUGAUUUGUCGAAUAGUUGUGCUAGCUUUUCACAACGGAGCUUUCGACGAUGAGGAUGAAAAUGUGACACCAGUCAAAACUCGGCUUUCAAAUAUUCUUCGCACGCUUGCACAAGAUCACGCUGUCUUCAGCAGUUGCAUCCAAGCUGCUGGACUCAACGAAGCCGAACAAGCCACGGUCAACAAGAUUGUUUCU